GACAGACAUCAGGCGAGGGCUAUAUUCCUAAGUUACGAACCGACCGAAAAAGCUACUAAAACCUUGAUAUUUGUUGGAAAGGGAGUCACUUACGACACCGGAGGGGCUGACAUCAAAGCCGGUGGCAUUAUGGCUGGUAUGCAUCGCGACAAGUGUGGAGCGGCAGCUGUGGCCGGACUGUUCCAGACUGUGGCUCAACUGAAACCCAAAAAUACUCGAGUGUUGGGUGUGAUGGCAAUGGUUCGCAACAGCAUUGGUCCCAAUUGUUAUGUGGCCGACGAGAUCAUCACUUCCAGAGCUGGCGUUAGGGUUCGCAUCGGAAACACCGACGCCGAGGGCCGGAUGGCAAUGGUUGACUUCGUGGCCCACUAUAGGGAACAGAUUCUCAAAGAGAAUUACGUCAAUCCCUCGAUCUUUACGAUCGCAACUCUGACCGGACACUGUUGUCUGGCUGUUGGGGACAACUACUCGAUUAUUAUGGACAACGGACCGGCCCGUCAGAUGAAAACCGCUGAAACCAUUCAAAGCGCUGGACAU